AUGGCUUCUUCUAGCCAAGAUGGGGUCUCCAGGACUUCGCUUUCGGCCGGGUAUGCGGCUCAUCGGUCGGGUGCUGAAGCUAUCCGGGUUUAUAGCAUGAUGCUUGGGGAAGGAUCUGUUAAUUUGAAUCAAAUUACAUUUUCCACCUUUCUAAUGUUGUCGUCUAAUGAUGGACUAGUCGACUUGGGCAGGGCGAUUCAUGGGCAUAUUCUGAAAUUUGGGUUCAAGGCUUGUGUGGUGGUUGGAAGUUCAUUGGUCGAUAUGUAUUCUAAAAUAGGGUCGGUUCAUGAGGCAGUGAAAGCAUUCGAUGAAAUUCCCCAAAGGAAUCUUGUAAUGUGUAAAUACACUGAUUACGGGACUUUUACGUCAUGGUCUGGUGGAGGGUGCUAA